CCCGCUGCUGGGCAGGAACGCCAGUGAGCAUCAGGGCGGGGCAGAUGAGCCCAAUAAUGACCCUCCCCGCCCCAUGAAGAGUUUGGAGCAGAACUUUCUUCUCCCACCUUUAAUUUGGGAGAUGAUGCUGGAUUGUAAAAUCUGAUCGGAGUGCCCCCGCCCCACCCCCCGCCGCUCUGGGAGGAGACAUAGACUCAUAAAAGCUAUCAGGCUCUUAAUCCUGGAAUCCACUGAUGUGGUAAAAGGAAAUUAAUUAAUUAGUAGCGUCAGUUCGUACUUAAAAGAACUGGGCUUGGGCCAGCUGCAGGAAGCUUCUGCAAGAAGUCCUUCAACGAUUUCCACUCGGGAAGACAGCUCAGAGAACACUUAAAUCGGUGCAAUUUGGCGACGAUGAUCAUAGGCGGAUCUGCAGCCGCGAGACACGACUUUGGAAACCCCAGGGAAGCCCCCCCACACACACUCGGCCUGGGCGUGCCAAGGUGAUCCCCUCCCUCCACUCGAUGACCCUUUCCCAGAGGACAGGGGUUAACAUGAAUGAAGACCUGAAGGUCAACUUAAGCCGGCUGCCUCGGGAAUGCGUGGAUGCUGGUGACCUGAAGAACAUCUCGGCUGACAUCCCCUCUCAGGUGCCUGUUGUGGAGCCCGAGCCCGAGCUGGUCGUCAACCCCUGGGAUAUUGUCUUGUGCACCUCAGGGACGCUCAUCUCCUGCGAAAAUGCCAUCGUGGUCCUCAUCAUUUUCCACAACCCCAGCCUGCGGGCACCCAUGUUCCUGCUCAUAGGCAGCCUGGCCCUGGCAGACCUGCUGGCUGGCAUCGGACUCGUGGUCAAUUUCGUGUUUGCUUACUUGCUUCAAUCAGAAGCUACCAAGCUGCUCACCAUUGGGCUCAUCGUCGCCUCUUUCUCCGCCUCCGUCUGCAGUUUGCUGGCUAUCACCGUGGACCGUUACCUCUCGCUGUAUUACGCCCUGACCUACCACUCUGAAAGAACAGUCACCUUUACCUACAUCAUGCUUGUCCUGCUCUGGGGAACCUCCAUCUGCCUGGGGCUGCUACCUGUGCUGGGCUGGAACUGCCUGAGGGACGAGUCCUCCUGCAGCGUGGUGAGACCUCUCACCAAGAACAACACAGCCAUCCUCUCCAUCUGCUUCCUCUUCACGUUCGCGCUGAUGUUCCAGCUCUACAUUCAGAUCUGCAAGAUCGUGAUGAGGCACGCCCACCAGAUAGCCUUGCAGCAUCACUUCCUGGCCACGUCACACUACGUCACCACGCGCAAAGGGGUCUCCACGUUGGCCAUCAUCCUGGGAACCUUCGCCGCCUGCUGGAUGCCUUUCACCCUCUACUCCUUGAUCGCGGAUUACACCUACCCCUCCAUCUACACCUACGCCACGCUCUUGCCCGCCACCUACAACUCCAUCAUCAACCCUGUCAUCUAUGCGUUCAGAAACCAAGAGAUCCAGAAAGCCCUGUGCCUCAUUUGCUGUGGCUGCGUCCCGCCCGCUCUGUCCCAGAGAGCGCGGUGUCCCAGCGACGUGUAGCAGCCUGCAGCCUUGCAGGACCCUGCCACUGCCAAGCGCUUCCACUGCCCCCGAGGGUCCACGUGCUGCCCUGAAAUCCUUUGCAUUGGAUCCUCUCAAGCCGCAGGAGAACUUAGCAUUGGGAAGCAGUGACAUCAUUAAAGGAAGUGACCAAAGUGAAACGUUACCACUGUUGUCACCCUUUAAAAAACAAGUGGACUUCUCUGCUCAGCCAUGAUUUUGUUUUGUUUGAGGGUGAGGUUGUUUGUUUGUUUUAAAAAUAAUUUAUUUGGGGGUGUGGUUUUAUUGCGUAUCUUGUUUGGAACAGGUAAGUACAGAAAGGGGUUCAACGUGGCCAUGAUGUUAUAGAGAUGUAAGUAAAGUCCCAGAAUUUUUUAUCUGGACUUUAAAUUGAAGUUAUAAAGGAGAAUGGAGAAUUAUUUUUUUUCAGACUCUUUAAAUCAAAGUAGAUUGGAAAUAUUGUCUGCAUCUAGCCAUAUAUGAUCUCUUUCAAGCCAUCAAAAUAGCUUAUGUUAUUAUGUUUGGAAGAGGCCUGUUUUUAUUAGCACGAAUUCAGUAAUAAGUUACCGACAAUGAAACCAUGGACUCGUGCAUUUUAUGUGUCCUUUCUCUCUUUUUUUGGCAGCAAUUACUGUUCAUAUGGAUUAUUUUGCAAUUUAUGUAAGCGUUGCAUCUCCUUAGGCAUGGCUGUCUGGGUUGGCGAGACCACAAGCUCCAAAUAUUGCCACCCAGAACUACAGGAGUCAUUUUUCAACAAAGUUUUCAAUAUGUUAAAAAUGUUCUAAAAUAAAUCAUGAAAUAUGUUUUGAAUUACGUGUGACUACAUAGGAUUGACUAGAUUUAAUGAUUGUUUUGAGAAAACAAAAAGGCAAAUAAUAUCUAUUGAGAGUAGAUUAUAUUUAUUUUACUACAUUCUACAAAUAAAUUACUAUAAAGCUGUGAAGCAAUAUGCAAACAUCAACUCUCAUAUCUAUGUCUAAGAACAUAUUAAUAGUUACUCUUGAUUAAGACAAGUAGAAUUAAGCCUUAGAGAGUGAGAAAUGUAUUUGAAACAGUUCUGGUCACUCCUAUUUUAAUGAAUCAAUUUAUGGAAUGCACAAAGCAUACAUGGCUGGUAUAUCUAGCCAGCUGCAUUCUGGGAACUCUCAAGCAGGGUGACCAUGCAUCUCGUCAUGAAACGUGAAGCUUCCUUUUGAUCAAAAUGUAAUAAGAACUGCUAUUGCCUGCUUUCAGAAAACAAAUUGUAGUUGGGAAAUUACACAAAAGAAUUGUCUUUGAACAUACCGUGUAGUCUUUAUGCCCAAGUGCCAUUUUCUAUAAGUAUAAGCAGAUGUAGACAAAUGGUUUAUCUGUCUGUCUGUCUGUCAUGGAUUGAAGGCUGAGUCUCUAUAAUCAGUGAAAGAAUUUCUGGAUGGCACAUCAACCUUCAGGUGGCAGCAAAACCAAUAGUUCAAGGUCCUUGCAGUCAUUUGUAAUAAGUGAACCUCAUGGGUUUGUCACAAAUAGUGUGCCCAUGGUGGUCUCUGGACCAUUCUGGUACCUGCGUGCAUAAGCCAUCGCUCCAAAGUUGCUUCUAGUCCAAGUGUGAUUGAAUCCUCUGCCUGAAUCUGUGUCUCCCUUCUGAGAUGACUUAUGAAAGCCUGAGAGGGACUGAAAUAUUGAAACACCAGGAAAUGAUUUUCAAUGCUUAUCACUCUCUGAUCAGCCCAAUUGGUGGACAUUUUUAAAACUCUUUUUGUUUUCGUAUUAGAUAGGCAUAAUAGAUUGAACAGGAUUAAUCUGUUUAUUUUUAGUGGCUUAAAUCUUAUUAACAUCUCUCCAUGAGAGAGCUGGCAAAGGUAAAUUCAUGGGCUAGAAAAUAGACAUAAAGAGAUUUUAAAGCAAUGGAUGAUAUUUUAUAGAAAUGAUAGCUCCCACUUGUAUAUCUCUGGUAGGAAUUAAAAGGACAAAAAGAUACUGGUUUUGACCACAUGUGUUCUAAGCCUCAUACUUGGUGCUUCAUCUGUUCUUUUGUUGUAGCCAUGAAAACACACCACUUUGUUUGUUUGUUUAUUUGUUUGUUUUUUGAGAUGGGUCUCGCUUUAUCCCAAGCUGACCUGGAACUCACUCUGUAGUUCCAGGGUGGUCCUCGAACUCACAAGCAGUUCUCUCACCUCUGCCUCCGGAGUGCUGGGAUUAAAGGUGUGAUCCACCACGCCCAGCCUGACGACACACAAGAAAACUACAGCCAAUUAGGAGAGGCUAAGAAAUGUAGCCGUAGCAGGGCUAGAAUUUGAAGCCAUGUUUCUAAAGCCCUCUUGAAAUAGGCCAGAACUUUGGUUGGAUUGUUAAGACCAAUAUCAUUUUCAAAUAAUAUGUGGAUCUCAGUGUGCAAUGGUUUUAUAAAUCCCAGUUCAGUGGUUGCUUUUGACCUGUGUUUUUAAAACACCCAGUUUCAGCUGAGAGGUUUCUCUGUCCUUACUGUUGAAUUGUCACGAGGCCUGAAUGUUUAGGCGACUUCCUUCCAGGUUUAUUUGUGCUUAAUGAGGUUACCCAAUAAGAAAUGCACACACAUAUCUCAGUAUUUACAUACAGGUUUACAUGUGUGGGCAUGUGUAGAUUCAGUAACACUAAUUUUGCAAUGGGACCAAAUGCAUCAUGGAAAAAACAAUUAUUUUCAGAUGCUCGAGAAUAGCAAAUAAUCUUUUCUUCCAUGUAAUUACAGUUUCUACUUACCAAGGAAUUUGUGGAAUUUUCAUUAGGAGCAGUUAGUUGUCUUUGUAUGUGGAUCAAUUUCGUUAUUUUAUCAGAAGCCUUGUGGAAACUCUUCACCCAGUUUGUGGCUAUUCUGGGUGUAUUUCGUUUGAUCCCUUUAACUGUACUUCUUCAUUUCACUCAAGUUUGCUCGUUUGUUUCUUUUCUUUUCUGGUUCUGGGGUUCAAACCCAGGACUCCCACACCUGCUAGCUAGCGCAAUUCAAGUUUGUUCAUUGAUGAAACAGGAGACCAUCUUCCUUUCCUGGUUCCUGAGAAUAGGGUCAGGCUGAGAACCUCCUACCCUAGUAGACUAAAUCAAAGAGCCCACCUGAGGAACAGAAAUAAUCUUAGACUUUUCUGGGAUUUAAGGCAGGAUUGAAACAAGAAGCUUAAACAAACAAAUCAGGAACAGAGGUAUUUAGUGCCAAUAAAAGUACCAUGGAGAUUUCUUAAACUUUUAGGAAGACAUCUAUUAGUAAAAUAAUGAUUUUUGUUUCAUGGUCUCAUGUGUAUCAUGUAGAGGUGAUGGCUUACUAUUUCACAUUUAACAUGUACAUUAACUCGCUGACCACUGUGAUGUGAUUUUGACUGUUUCCGUUUUCAUUUUGCUUGUGUGGCUGCUAUAAUAAAGGAAGAGAUCGCCUCCCA